AUGGCGCGUUCCCUGUGCGAGGAGUCUGGCGCAACAGAGCAAGUCGGUGAAAUGGAGAAGAAACCAUUGCCCGUGCUCUGCGUAAUUGAUAUGACGCUCGAAGCGGUCACCAAGGGUUGUAAGGAUAUUAAGUUUCUCCCUUUUUCUUUUCCUAACCCGGUCGGAGGUUCCUUGGAGAUGAAGAUGGAAGAAGGUGCUGGAAACUGGCAAAACGACCAAGUCAAAGGGUUCUCACAUCAAGGAUUCAGAGGUGACAUGUCAACUGCACAAGCAUCAAGACAUACGCCUUCCUUUUGGUGUGACGGUGCUCUGUCGUAG